GCAGUAUAUUUGUCAGUGUUAUCAAUUAAUAUUCUAAUAACAUCAACGAAUAAUAAUAAGUUGAUAAUUACGUCACCAGCAAAAGUUAGGUUACUAACAGUAUCGCCAGAGCGGCACAAUUUACAACUACAGAUUUCUAAAGAUGACGCGCAGGUGCUAAACAAUUUUCGUUACAUUUUGCAUAUCGACACACGAUUUGCAGAGCAUCUAAGUAGCAGAGAGGUUGUGCCGAUUUCAUUCGCAACUUUAAAUGUACUUCUCCCCACUACACGAUUUAUUUUUCAAUCAAUUGUUUGCAAACAAACAAACAAGCAAUCGAAGUUGUCGAAAAGUAAACACUGCAUCGCCAUUCACGCCGUACGCACAUUUGCAAAGUGCAUCAGAGCGUCCUUUGAUUUCAAUCGCACGCCGCAUGCAGAGGACUACUCUUCGUCCGAAUCGCCAGUGGUGAGGCGCUUGAUGCUGGCGAGUGCAUGCUGCCUCUUCGAUUCGGUAUCGACGAUGGCUUCGCAUUUGGACAACGCCGAAGACGUCGAUUUCAUCACGAAAACAGCGAUUGAGCGUGAUCCAAAAAAGCGACGUGUGAAACCCGUGGAAUCUUCGAUCUUAGAUUUUGAUCUGGGUGAGAGUUCUGAUGACUCAGAUUUUAGAAUUGAAGAUCAUCCUGAUGUAAGCGAUGAUGAUUCAGUGGACAGUAAUGCUAACAAUGACAGUUCAUCUGAUGUUGAUGAUGAUGAUGCAGAGGAUUCUGAUGCUUCAAACUUUGGGAAAAGUUUGAAUCUAACUGCAAACAGUAAUGGAUUUUCCAUUGCAGAUAUUAUUGAAAAGGCAGCCAGUCAAAAUGUUGGAUUCAGUGAAAAAGACGCUGAUAUUUUGAUUUGUUGUGGCUGUUUGGGUGAUCAGAGUGAUGGAGUGAACGAAAUUGCAGAGUGUGAUAGUUGUGGAGUGACAGUACAUGAAGCCUGCUAUGGUAUUUCGGAUUCAAAUAGUUUGGCGAGUACCGAUUCGGAAGCCCCGACGACUCCUUGGUUUUGUGAUGCUUGCAAAGCGGGCGUUACUAAACCAGUAUGUGAAUUAUGUCCAAAUUCAGGCGGUUUAUUUAAAGAGACUGAUGUAGGAAAAUGGGUACAUCUUGUAUGUGCACUGUAUGUACCAGGUGUGGCGUUUGGCGAAGUGGACAAAUUGUCAAGCGUCACACUCUUUGAGAUGCAAUACAGCAAAUGGGGUUCGAAGACGUGCUCUUUGUGCGUCGAAGACCGAUUUGCGCGGACUGGCGUGUGUAUCGGGUGUGAUGCGGGCAUGUGUCGUAAUUAUUUCCAUGUCACAUGUGCUCAACGAGAAGGUUUUCUAUCUGAGGCUCACACCGAAGAGGUGGAUCAAGCGGAUCCUUUCUAUGCGCACUGUAAACUUCACUCGGAUAAAACUUUGGUGAAGAAACGAAAACGUAACUAUCUCGCGAUUCAGGUGCGUACUCAUUUCCGUAAGCUGCAGUUUGAGGCGGCUGGUUUUACGGAGACGCCUGAACAAGUGCGGAUUCAAAGAAAACUGCAGAAAAAGCGGAUGCAUUACAAGGCAUUGAAGCUUACAAGGCAACAACCCUGGGUUCCAACUCAAAAAAUGCCCAGACUCUUAACCACAAGCGCCUCGGCGUGUAAAAAACUGAUUCGAAAAGCCGAACUUAUGGGUAUUGACACACCUUCAUUAGAAAUGCAAGAAGCGCAAAUGGCUGCGCUAGUUGAUAUUCGUAAAAAAUGGCACAUACCACCAGCGUUCUCUGUGGAGUUUGUUGCGUAUUAUUUAGAUAGGAAUGAGAGAUUGAAAAGCAUGAAAGAUUCGCUGGAACACCUUCUCGAUAAUAAUAAGGUACUGCUUGGUGAACAAACCGAGCUGCGAGCGAAAUAUGAUCAGUUGCUGAAGGAAAGUACCGAUGAACAACAAACAAAUGCCAAUUUAAAGCAGACAAUCCACAAAUUUCACUCGGCCAUCUUGAGUUGUUGUUCCAACACACGCCUGCCGAAUGUUGAAGAUUUGGGAAAACCGCCGAUGCCAAGGCCGGCGCCAACGCCUAUGAUGGUGCCUACUGCAGCAGCUUUAAAAAUGGGUGUUGGGUUUCCUUUGAAUAACAUUCCAGCAAACCGAAACGAGAGUGGAAAAGUGCUGAGUAGUCAUGCGAAACAAGACCCAAUCCAGUUAAACGAGUGUGGAAUCUGUCGACAACGACGAGAUCAGCACAUGCUGGCGAAAUGCGACACGUGUCAUCUGUAUUAUCAUCUCAACUGCCUGAAUCCUCCGCUUACACGCCUACCGAAAAAAUCGAAACUCUACGGCUGGCAAUGCUCUGAGUGUGACAAAACCUCUGACAGCGAGGUGGAGCAAGUAAAGCAACCUCGUCGGAGUCGCGGGCGACACAGUCGAGGCAGUCUCGAUGAAGUAUUCACGCCUAUCGUUAAGAUCAAACCAGUGACACCCGCCCCGCCAUUGUUGGUCGUACCACCUUUAAGCACACCCAUCUCAUCGACACCUCCCUCACCUGCGCACGCCCAAGACCCAAUUGCCGUUGAACCACUAGCUCCUUUGCCGCUUCCCGAGCCCAGCGAGACGCCGGUGAGUCCUGUCACAUUGACUGUGCGUAAAUAUCCUUCUCCUACAAUCACACCCACUCUUACACCCCCACAUCACAAUUCGUUUUCGCCAGGGAUUGAUACGAGCGCGGAUAUUACCAGCUCGUUCAACAACUCCACGCUGGACAGUACCACGUCCGAGGUUUAUCCGCUUGUGAUCUCGAAAUCGUCGAAAAAGCGCCGCCGAGAAAAGCAUCGCAAUCGUUACUCGCCGGAGUUGGGCGGCUCCACGAAGGAGCACAAGCGGAAACGGAAGAAGAAGAGUUUGGAUAUUGAGAAUCCCAAUCCACAUCCACGGAUAACUAUUAAGAUAAAACCGAUCCCACUGCCCGCGGGCGAAGUGGCAUCCACUUCCAAUCCGCAAUGUUUUUACGUGAACAACGAAAGUAACUACGUGCCGCCGAUGCCGAUGUCGUCGCUUCUCCCAGUGACACCGUCGGUAACGCCUGUGACUGUGACAACAACAGCAAUUGCAGCAAGUAGUUGUGAUGUGUGCAAAGAAGAUGGAUCGAAUGCUAAUAUGGUCAAAUGCGACGAGUGUCAGAAGAACUAUCAUUUUGCUUGUCUAGAACCUCCAUUGAAGAAAACACCAAAGAAACGCGGAUACUCGUGGCAUUGCGCGGAUUGUGAUCCGACUGGUUCAGAAUAAUAAUUAUUUCGUAAGUUUUUUACAGGCCAUACUAUUUAAGUUAGUGUACAUGUACUAAUUAGUGUUUACUACUUAACAGAGUAGCGUGAGUAACGGAGGAAAAACCUGUUCUGUAUAGAAUUCUAAACGUGCUUAGAAUAAAAAAAACAGUUUAUUUCUCGUA